UCAGCUGCCUACAGCGGCCUCUGCUCCCGGGGCGGGCCGGAAGGAGCCCGAUCCCCCGCCAUGCAGCACAGCGCGGCGCCCGCCGUGCUCGUCACCACCAGGCAAAUUCAGAAUACACACACUGGGCUGGAUUUAUCAGUGCCGGAAUACCAGGAGGUCCGUGGGAAGAUGAUGUCUGGCCACGUGGAGUACCACAUUGUCGUCGUUACCCGACUGGCUGCCUUCAAGUCAGCAAAGCACAAACCUGAGGAUGUUGUUCAGUUUAUGGUGUCCAAGAAGUACAGCGAGAUAGAGGAGUUCUACCACAGACUGUCAGCACGGUAUCCACAUGCUUCUCUUCCACUCUUGCCUAGAAAAGUUCUCUUUGUGGGAGAAUCUGACAUCUAUGAACGAAGAGCAAUUUUCAAUGAUAUCAUGAAAUUCAUCUCAAAAGAUGAGGAUCUAGCAACGAGUCCUGAGUUACUGGAAUUUUUAGGAACAAAAUCUACUGGUGUCAUUGACUUCAAGAGUAAAAAUGUUCCUGACGACAGAGAGAAAGAAGAUGAAGAAAGUGAUGCAUUGGAUUUUUUCAAAGAGGAGAAGACACCUGACUUGAUUUCAAAGCUUGCAACACUGGAGAAUGCCAAGAAAGAUGAGAAAGAAGAGGAAGAGGAGGAAGAAGAUUUAGACCCUCUUGGUAUAAUCAGAACUAAAAAAGCAAAGAAGGCAUCUGCUCCUCCAGCCAAGGAAGAGAAGCACAAAUUAAUCAUUUUUGAAGAGGAAGUAGACCCAAAUGAGGGAUUGUUUGGCCCAGAGAAAGAUUUCUCAUCAUUUGGUCCCAAGAAGAAGAUGAAAGAGAAUGUGAAAUUAUUUGAAGAUCCAGACCUUGGUGGAGUGGUGAGAUUGGGCGACUCACUGCUGCUGCCAGCUGCCUGUGAGAAAAGGGAGCACAUUCCAAACACAGGUCCUGAGGAGGACACUGAGGAACUGCUAAGGUUGUGCAAAAGCAGCAGAUCAGAGUUAAAGGAUGGAUUCCGUGGAAUUGAAUUGCAAGCUGAGCUAAAACCGUGUGUAAGUAAGUAUGAAACCAGGAAUGUAACUAUGCUUCUAUUUCCUUUCAGAGCAGCUAAUGGUAAGACUAUAUAUGGGCAAAGGAAGUACCUGAUCCUGUCCUCACAGUGUCCUGAUGCAAUUAGGAAGCUUGUUUAUCCCAUUCUGCAGAUGGAGAACAAAGGCACAAAGGAAAGAACAAAAGACUUGCCAGAGACAUUGGAGAGAGUAGCAGGGGACUGAAGUCAGGACAGCCUUCCUGUUGCACAGCCUGGUGUCAUGAGCCAACUACUGCAUAUUUAACUGAAUGCUGAAGAAUCUUCAUCUCCACUUGAUGAAGCACUAUGCAGGAAACUGAUUGUAUUUCUGUAUGUUUGGCCUGCAGCCUGGCACUUGACCUGAAAACUGCUAAAGCUGCCAUAUGAAUGGUUGUGAAUUUAACAAUCAGCAGACUGAGUGAAGAUCUUCACCCCUAGUGAAGGUUCAACACAGGAAAAUUAUUAAGAUUUUUUCUAAUAAGUAGCAAAAUAAUAGAAUGCAGACCUGGAAGGGGUCUGUGAAGACCAGUUUGUCCUGCCUAAAGCCAGAAUGUCUGGCCUGUGUCCCACUGGUAGCAACUCCUACUGUUGUGGACAGGGUGUUAUUGGUGUGAGGUUGCUGCUGCAAAGUUUGGCAGGUGCCAGAGCUGAAAAAGAUGACUGAAUAUAGGCAGACUGAAGAGAUCUUUGAGCAUGGCCAGUGAAUUUUUCUUGCAGUGGCUGUAAUUAUGCCUGUUCUCUCUCAUAGGCCUUUCUCUAACCUGCCUGUAAAAGUGUGGCUGGGCAGAGUGCUGGAGAUGUCGUAGCCUCCAUGGGGUUUCUAUUAUAGUUCUUGGCCAUCCUAUUUGAAAUCUUUUCUCGCUGUCCGAUAUAACUGUUCCUUACGACAACUUAAAUUUGUAAUUUCUAAUUCUCAACAGCACAGAAGAGAACAAAGUAUGCAUCUUGGUCUGUUUUCUACACUGAACAUUCACCCAGUGAGGGAGGCAGCAAACCAGGUCAGGACAUCACUACAAUACCAGCUUCCAUGCCUCAGUGUGUCCUGGCUGAGUAUUGUCAUCUCACAUUGGAUUUAGAAUUGCUACAUACCAAUUUGCCAGCAUCCCACACCCUUUCCUUAAUACUUGUGUGGUGCCACAGUCUGCAGCCUUUGUUCCAGAUGGGAUUAUAUUUUGCUUUCACCUUUCCUCAUGGCAGUGGUAUCUGUCAGCCUGCCACCACCUCCAAGAAAUGGCUCACGCUUUUGCAAAGCAGUGGGAGGGCAGAUAUUAUGCAUGAGUGUUAUAACCAUGGGAACGUUCCCAGUAAUAGUGAUGAAACAGCAGUAUAGCAAUAUCCAUUUAACCUGAGCAAGGAAUAUUUGGUUCUCAACCCUUCCCUAAAUUGUCAAAUUACCCAACCAACACAGGGAAGGAAGAGCUGUUAAUUGUCUCCUGUGGUAGAUUUUUAAGAUGAUUUCAAGGUCUGUUUUACUUCAGAAAAAUCUCUCUUUUCUAUCAAGGAACUGAUGUAAAAGGAUCCUUCAUAAAUCCCAGUGUUACGCAUUUGUUUUACAAUGCAAAUGUCUAGCUCCAGUAAUAUUUAUAGGCACUUAGAGGUGAGUUAUAGUCUUUGAAUAAAUUAUAUAUAAUGAAUCAUUAUUAUACAGGAGAAGAAUGCCAGGCAAACGCAGCUCAGAAAAAUUGAACAUAUUAUUUGAAAUGACAUUGGGAAACCACACAACAUACUUUGCAUCCUGCCAGACCAGAGCUUUUCUUUCGCAUGCAUCACUCCCAGUAGCAGCUAUUUUAUUAGACUUCUCUUGACAACUCUAGAAAUUCAAUUAUGGACUCUGGUGUAGUUCUUGGCUGACAGGCAUCACCUUUUGACAUUAAUAACAGCUAGCUCAUCAGAAGAUCUGGAAAGCAGUAGAGUUAAAUUUAAACCCUUACAAAAGAUAUUUUCUUUGGUAAUUAGAACUUAUAAUGGAUAUCUCUGUUGCUCUAGAAGCUUCUGCUUGUUUUGCGUAACCUUCUGCUUGUUGUAUGGUACAGCACUAAUAACAUGGAACUCUAUAUACAUCACUAUUUGGGUCACAGUUAAAAUGCUGAUUUCACUAAUUUGGGUGUUUCACAGAUGAAUGGUGGAUCAUCUGUUCAUAUUAGUUCUGUGCUACAUUUUUAGUAAAGCUAAUUCACACACAGUAUUUAAGAUCUAGCUCAGGCAGUGGCAAUUUUGGCUGGAUCUGAAGAAAUAUAUUAAUUGAAACUGAUACUUCUGCAUUGUAGCUGAGCUUGCUACACUGGAGUACAUAAGGCAGCCUGUAAUUUAAGGUCAGGAAAACACAGCACACUCAUGGGGCACUUAGGCAUUAGCUAAUGAAAAGAGACUGUAAAUGACCAAUCCCUGUGGUUGUUAGAUUUAAUACAGAGUACAGAAAAAGCAUUUUUCUCUUAGAUUUGUGUCAGUAAUCUCAUCAGGGAUUCCUGACUAUUUGGGCAUGUGCAUGUGUGUACACGGACAUGUGUCAACCACAUUUCCCAUCAAUCACUAUGUGCUCUUAAUUGUGACAGUUCAAACCCCUAUGUCAUGAAGAGGGAAGGAUUCUACUGUGACUUGUUAUCUAUUUUCUUAUUCUACAUCUCAACAGCAACAUCUGGACUGAGUGUACUCAGUUACUUUCCAUAUUGCACCAGUUCUUUGGUUCAUUCUUAAACCCCCAAUCCAAUUUUUCAGCCCUUACUGUAUUUCUGAUCUUCCUUGUAACCCUUCUACAUUCUAUUGUUAUGAAACUAUUUGAACCCAAUGAGAAGUUAAAGUGAAGGAAAAUCACGUGCCCAUGUUUCCGAACAGCCGUUUGUAGAAUACAUCUCUGAGAGUAAAAAUAAUAGCAGUGAAAGUUAAUGAUGACAAAUUAAUAGUAAGUAUUGCAAUGGGAGUCCAGAUAUAAAUGAAGCUGCUUAAAGGAUUGAUUAGUCAUAGAUAUUUGGAGACUAAAUUUGAUUCAUACGAGGAUGUCGUGGAUGCUAAAAAUUUAUAUGGAGUCAAGGAGAUACAGCUAGACUCAUGAAAGAGGAAUCUAUCAGAGUUUGUUAAAGACGCCUCUUACAGUCUGGGAAGUCCUUGAGCUACAAGUAGCUGGAAGGAGAAUAUUCAACAAACAAAUAUUUUCAUACUUCCACGCAGUCAUCUGCUUUUGGCUGUAGUGAAGAAUACCAUACUGAUCUAAUCCUUGUACUGAGUCACUCAGUGAGGAUAUGGUGACGUAAAGAACAGAACAGAUCUUCAGUGCUUGGUGCUUCCCUGCACCCUGAAUAAGAUCUGCCCACUGGCUGUAUAACAGCAAGGUCAUUUUUAUUUACUGUUACUCAGGAGAGAUUCACAAAGUCAGUAGAAAUUCUUAUUUGCAGUAUAGAUUUUUUUAAAAAACCACUCUUGACAUGUGUUAUAUCUGCAGUGAGCAGUAGAAGUCUCAUUGGUAUCAGAGGAAGACUUCAACCGUUCCUUGGUGCUCCUUCAGAUGCCACCUUAAAAGAUAAGAUUAGUAGAUACCCUAAUUUGCCUAGGAAGUCAAAAGUAAAAGAUAUCUCAAGGAUGAGUAGGGAACAAACGUCAUCAAAAACUCAGCAAAGUUCAGUGGAAUAAGCCCUAAAUAGGCCACUGAUAUUAGAACAGAAUCAUAGAGGUUGGAAGGGGCUUCUGGAUCUCAUCUAGUCCAGCCCCCUCCUAAAGGAGCUUCCCUACAGUAGGUUAUCCUAUGCUCCUUUUCACUGAAGUGCUCAGGAACCUCAGAGUUUGAAACCAUCACCAUAAACAAAGACUGACACCUGCUGCACUAAGAGCCACCAUUGUUUGUACAAGUAUACUGUUUUUCCAAUACCUAGGAAUCAUAAUAUCACAUUUGGGUGUUUGGAAUUGUUAUAUACAUGGGGUAGCACUGUGGUCAUAGUGUCACAUUAAUGUGGGAAUUUCAGUCACCCAGCCAAAUCAGGAUGAUUUAUGACACCACUGUUCAAGCCUGGUUGUUAUGGAGAGCAUCACUGAGGGUGUGAGAAAUGUGGAAGAAGACAUCUGCCUGGUCUAUAUGCAGUGCUCGGAGCUUUUCCCUUCCCCUGAAGGACCAGAGCUGUAAUGAUCUCUUUAAUGGUCCUUUGGUGAGAUGAGUCCCAUGGUUUUUCAAAUGCACAUAAAAGCAAACAAAAUAAAAUUACUAAAUUCCUGGGGUAAUUACUGAAAACUUGUUUCUCUGCUAAUUUCUCUGUGCUUUUUAAGUUUGUCCAGGGGAUUUGUGCUAAUGAUCCCAAGCAUCUCCGACUGUUUGGCUUGUGGUAAUAAUCUAAGGCCACUGAUUUCACCUCGGAGAAGCAUAUAGAAAUGGUUCAGUAACAGAGUCUGGGUAUGUUAACAAGCUCUUCCUGUGAUCAAAAAUAAUCAUUUCUUUACCUUAAAUGCUGAGAGUCCCAGCUACCCAGCGCUUUCCCCCCUUAUGCAAUCAAAUCUGCAGGCUACAAUGAUUUACUUUCCUGCCUAUGCCUUCCUGUGCCUUGACCUUUAAUAGCUCGCAUAUUUAAUCUUGUGUGCGGUCCCCCAGAGGAAUUUCUUGUGUCCAGAACUGCUGGCUAAUUAUAGUUCUAAUGCCUUACCUGAAAAGAAAACAUAUUUCUAUAUGGAAUGAUGUGGUAAAUUCAUUUUUAUCAUGGGGAAUGAAAAAGAAAUAUGGGCCUGUCUUCAUCGGUGGCUCAGUGUAGCAUGGGGGGCACUUCCACUGCUAAUCUUCUGAUUUCCAUUUCCCACGUGUAGGUCCCACCAGAGAUGCAAUAGAGCAAUCUGGACUCUUUGGCCCCAAGGACCCAACUAGCAGUAAAAAUAUCUUCCCCAAAUGUAUACAUGAGGGCAGUGGGUGGUCACCAAUUGCUAUUUUGCUUUGCAAACCUCUCCUGUUGCAUGCUGACCGUGUGUUUGGUGGUAAAUUGAGCCCCAGAUCCAUCAAAGGCUUCACCUUCCGCCUUUGCAGGAAGAGGCUGUACUGCUGUAAGCAGAGAGGGAGGGGUAAAAUCACAGGGAGCUUCAGGUGUCCCCUGCUGUGCUGGUGUAGAUUUCACAAAAUCCCUUCAGAUGCCCUUAAUAUAACAGCUUAGUGGUGCUGUCUCUGCUCUCCAUCUUACAACAUACAAAUUUCCGUAAGCAAUGAGACAGGAGACUGUCCCAAGCCUGGCUCAAUGCUGCUUCCUCCUAUUUCCAGGUUGGCAACAUGCAGACUGGGUUGAAUCAGGCAGUGGGCUCUUUGUGUGGCUGUGCCCAGAGCAACAGUUUUGCCUGAGACAGGUGAGCAACAAGGCUCUUCUGAACAGUAUUGCACUUGCCAGAUUAACCGGCUCCAAUUUUCCCAUGUUUGCAAGGUACACAUUUGCACACUCAGUUCUGCAGAGCAGUUACGAGUGGACCCAUUUCCUUUCAGGGCAGUCAUUACCAGAUUGACUGCCAUCACCUUUAAGGUACUGACCUGUAGUGUCUCGUGCAGUAAUUAGUGAGAAUGAAACCUGUAUCGUCUGCAUUUAGCAUGAUUUUUUAAAUCCUUUUAUGUUGCUCUUUCUUUUUUAUUUUUCCUUUUAACUGUUUCUCUUUAGCCCACCUGAGCUGCACUUAGCUGGCUGGGUGUUCAGCGUGUGCUACUGGCAAAGACCUGUUGCCUGCCUGGGCUCUUCCAGAGCAAUUUCAUUAACCUCCAUUUCAAGGAAACAAUAUUCAUUUGUUUUAGACACCUCAUCAGGCACCGAGAUCAAAGCGAUUGGAGUCAUUUAUAAGCUCUGUGUUUCUGUCUGAUAAUAGAUAUGUAUGCAAUACAUAUGACAAGAUGGAAAAACUAUAGAGGGUUAUUUAUCUUCCCACAGUAAACCUGGGACUCUGCAGCAGAGCCAGCCAAAAAAUUUGUCUGGUUUCCUAUCUUGGGUAUGAACCUUGAGGCUAAACUAAAAAUGCUAAACAAACAAAACAGUCUCGUGGAUUAAGGGAUUUUCAUAUUUGUUUUUACUUUUUUUUCUGUUUUUGUGGAAUGCAUAAGGAUAACUUGAAAUACUAACAUACACACAUAAAAAAGCCUAUCUUUCCCCUGUAUUGUUAGAAAUUUAGGAAGAUGUUCUGACUGUGGAAUAGCCAGAGAGCUGGUAAUAUCAAGUUGCACCAGGGGAGUUUCAGGUUGGAUAUUAGGAAAAACUUCUUCUCUGGAAGAAUGGACAGGCACUCUCACAGGCUGCCCAGGGAGGUGGAGGAGUCACCAUCCCUGGAGGUGUUAAAGAAACACGGAGAUGUGGCACUGAGGGACGUGGUGUAGUGGGCAAUAUUGGUGGUAGGUGGAUGGUUGGACUGGAGGUCUUUUCCAACCUAUGAUUCUGUGAUAAAGCAUAGAAAACAAUCAAUAGGACAGGAUAUUGUAGAAUUGCUGUUUCAUUUUAAAAUGUCUAACAAUGUUUGUGACAAAAACAUUUGCUGGGAUUGCUAAUGGAUUUUCCCAACACUAAGGGUGUGAGAAUCUGAGUUUCCUCCCAUUUUUUCCAAUAAAAUAUAAGAAGGAAAUGAACAACCUUUACAAAUAAAUGAGGAAAAGCUUAACUGUUUUCUUUAUUAUGUCAGCAAAACAAGCCCAAACUCCAAAUUCCUUUAAAAGUCACCUUCCUCUUCCAUGUCCAGUCUCGAAUUUCUGGCACAGCCACAGUCAGUGGGAAUAAAGCAUUUGCUGGAUUUGGAUCAGAAUGCCAUAAGACAGAGCUUCUAAAAAAGAAACUUUCUUUCAAGAUUGCUGUUGACUUGUCCCAGCAGAAACCUGAGGUGCCUUCAAAGGCACAACAGAUAGAAAGGAUUAAACACUAGUACUAGCUACUGCAAUUUGCUAAAAAUGAAAACAGGUAGUAGGUACCUAAUCCCAAUUUUGGAGGCUUUUUGUGGCCUCCCAAAAUCAGGGCUGCUAUCUUAACAGGAAAACAUUGCUGCUCCUUCAGUGUGGGCAUGGAUGUAACCGGGCCUAAAAUGGAAAUAGCGUCAGCAACAGCAGACUCGAAGUUGAAUAUUCCGAAUGUCCUGACAGCAUUCCCAAUUCUUAGAAACAUGGUUGAAAUGCUGGCAGUGAGCAAUUAUAUGCUCUUCCUGGCAAGUGAAAGCAACGUCAGUGACUCAGUGCAGAAGCUUUUGGAUCACUGAGGCAUGGCGGGUUGAGAACAAUGGGGCUUUCUGCCCCUGGCACCGUGUUAGCGGUGUGGCAGGGGAUUUGUAGAAAUGAGACAUAGGGGUAUGAAUAAAAAACUUUACUUCCUGGGAUCUGUUUUGUUUUUAGCUGUUGGAAGCCUCCUGUUAUUGUUUCCUUAUCAAUUAUAUGUCAUAAGCGAGAAGGUCAUCCCAUUUGGCACCUGGUUAAACCAGUAGGAAUACAACUGCCAUUAGUGUGAAGUGGCAGGCUAUUCCUGCUGCAGAUAAACAUGUCCAGCCAUCUCCUUCAUGGGAGAUGAGUUUUAGUUCCUUAAUCUUUGUCAGAUUUUAAUUGGGAUAACAUUGGACGUGCUCAGUUAUUUGGCUCAGUACAAAGUCCCAUCAGUCUUCAGAUGAGGAAUUAGAACAAUCUUCUUUCGGGCUGAAUAGAGCUCUGUAGAAGAGAAGGCCUUACAAUCCCAUGCCUUCAAAGAGGGGUUAGGAAAUCAGUGUAGAAAACACUUGGAUGUUAGAGCUGUGCCUUUUGCUUUAUUAAUUAGAAGCAGACAAGUAAAACUCAAGUCUUCACAAGGUUAUCUAUGUGACAGAAGGCAUUAAGUGGAUAUUAGGAAAUAUUUCAGAAGUGGUGAU